GACGUCCACUCUCAGGGCGAGGUGAUCGCCUGUUUGGAAAAAGGUUUGGUCCGUGAAGCCGAGGACCAGGCGGGGGCGCACGUCAUCAGGGAGGAAUGUAAAAAGGCCAUCAUGAGAGUCGCCGAGCUCUCCUCCGACGACUUCCACCUGGACCGCUACCUCUACUUCUCCUGCAGAGACGACAGAGAACGCUUCUGUGAAAACGUAAGAAUCCUUUAUUCUAGAGCUCAGAGGAUUCUUUUAGUUAGUUAUUUUAAAUUGAUCAGUAAAACUCUUAAAUGUCGUGUGGUCAGCGGCGAGUGUCAGGGUGAGAUGAUGGAUUACAGGCGGAUGCUGAUGGAGGAUUUCUCUCUGAGUCCUGAGAUCGUGCUGCACUGUCGCAGUGAGAUUGAGAGUCACUGCUCCGGUCUGCACCGCAAAGGACGAACGCUGCACUGCCUAAUGAGGGUCGGCCGAGGAGACAUGGGCGCCAUCGAUCCCAGCUGUCAGAAGGCGCUGCAAACGUUGAUCCAGGAAGCCGACCCCGGGGCCGACUACCGCAUCGAUCGGGCGCUUAACGAGGCCUGUGAGUCCGUCAUCCAGACCGCAUGCAAACACAUCCGCAGCGGCGACCCCAUGAUCCUGUCGUGUCUCAUGGAACAUCUGUACACUGAGAAGAUGGUGGAGGACUGCGAGCACAGACUGCUGGAGCUGCAGUACUUCAUCGCCAGAGACUGGAAGUAA